GUGUCAUGGUCCGGGCGGCGGUGUGGCUAGGAUUCCCUGAUUUUGUUCAGACCAUGAAUGUGGGGAACGGGACGGACAUCUGGCCUGCCGCCUUCUGCGUGGGGAGUGCGGUGUGGAUCCAGCUGCUCUACAGCACCUGCUUCUGGUGGCUGUUCUGCUACGCGGUGGACGCCUACCUGGUGAUCCGGAGGUCGUCGGGACUGAGCAUCAUCCUGCUUUACCACCUCAUGGCCUGGGGCCUGGCAGUGCUGCUCGGCGCCGAGGGGCUGCUCAUGCUCUACCACCCGUCCCUGUCCAGGUGCGAGCGGGGCUUGGAGCAUGCCAUCCCGCACUACAUCAGCGCCUACCUGCCGCUGCUGCUCGUCCUGCUGGCCAACCCCAUCCUGUUCGGCAAGACGGUGACAGCAGUGGCCUCGUUACUAAAAGGGAGACAAGGCGUCUACACGGAGAAGGAGAGGCGGAUGGGAGCCAUGAUCAAGACCCGAUUCUUCAAAAUCAUGCUGGUUGUCGUUGUCUGUUGGUUGUCGAACAUCAUCAAUGAAAGCCUUCUCUUCUAUCUGGAGAUGCAACCGGACAUCAACGGAGGCGCUUUGAAAUAUGUCAGAAAUGCGGCCAAGACCACGUGGUUUAUUAUGGGCAUACUGAAUCCCGCCCAAGGGUUCCUCUUGUCGCUGGCCUUCUACGGCUGGACCGGAUGCCGCCUGGACUUGCAGUCUCCCAGGAAGGAGAUCCAGUGGGAGCCCAUGACCAGCUCGGCCGCCGAGCGGGCCUGCCCCGCCCACCAGGGCCGCUGCACGCCUGGUGACAGCCCCGCUUCCAGGAAGGUGGCACGUGUGGGCGGGCACACGUCGGACGAGGCCCUGAGCAUGCUGUCUGGAGGGUCCGAUGCCAGCACAAUCGAAAUCCAUAUUGCAAGCGGGUCCCGCCAGGCGAACGAGGUUGAAGGUGUUCCCAAAAUCCAGGGAGACCUGUGAGAGAGAAGGGGCCCGCCCCCCAUCCUCCGACUCUACAGCCCUUGUUCCUCAGAAGUGUUCUCACCUUCCCAGCGCCUCUGUCAAGGUGUCCCUCC